AUAAAAUUGGGAGAAUACGUAAACAUAUGACCCAAUCAGCGACCGUACCAACAAUUUAUAAAGGCAUCAUAUUACGACAGACCCCUUUCUCUUUCGACGGUAUGGAGCUUGAAUUAUCCAAAACCGGGAUAGUUGAAGACGCCGAAAAUUUAAAGAACGAUCAACUUGACACUGAAUUAAUUCAAACAGUCACUUUGCAAGAAGUUACUAAAGCACGGCCUGAAGAAGCAAUAUUCGAGCCCCAAGAGCUACCAACACCGACACGGCGAGAGAUUGAAUCAUGGACACCAGACCAAGUAUAUGCGCAUAUAUGUCGAGUAAUUCCAGAGAUCUUACAUGAAGACAAUGAGGAAACCAGAAAGAUUCUCAACGCAGAAAAAAUUGAUGGCAGGGCUUUUAUUCUUUGUGGUGAAGACGACUUUGCAAACAUUGAGAUUAACCACGCUGAUGCGCUCGGACGAGAAGUUUACCGAUUGAGAGUGGAAAGGUCACCAGAUUUCGAAGAUAUAGCCGAGAUGAAUGCAGAGCAAGUUGCUGCUUUUCUCAUUGCUAGAGCCAAGGAAGGUGAAUUAGAACUCCAGAAGGACGAUCUUAAUAUUAUAAGCUAUUGGAAAAUUCCAGGAAUAGCGUUAUUGCAACAGGACGAGGAAAGGCUUAUUCGUUUAGGGCUUCCCGAAAAAUCUGCUAAUUAUAUCGCAAAAGUUAUUAAUCGUAUACGAGGAGAGUAUGGAAUACUUUCAAUGCCUAUGUAUCGAAAACCUGAUGGAAUAACUG